UUCGAAACGUUAUAAGCGGCAUUUCGUUAGCAGCUUUGUCUCAAUUUGACCGACUUCGUAUCUCUUACCGUUUCCCGGAUCCCAAUGCUGAGGAUCGAAUUUCUUCGACAAAUUAGAGCAGAGUGUACACUUAUUACUUUAUUUCUCUAGCUUUUGAUAAAUUUUGUCAUCAUCAUCAGGAGAACAGCAGGUGAGAUAGGUAUCUGUAGUCAAUUUUUUUUAUAAAACUCACAUAGCUAUGAGUCAGAAAAACAGCACAACAAAUUAAAAACUUGAAGAUCGAUUGUUACAUGUUGAUUUUUUACAUCUGGCAAUGCGGAGUCCACCUACUUGACGCCAUGUCUUCCUUGUACGCGAAAAGCAACUCGCAGAAUUUUACAAUCACAACACCACGAAUAGGUACACUACAAAUAAAUUUGAACAAGGAAAUAUUUCAGGUAAUCUAUAAAUUGGGUCCGCACGCAAGCAUUUAAUUUCUUUCCAGCGAAUACACAAAAACUAUUUCCACCGACCAAUGAAUCCUUUUAAUACAAAAAAACUAUCCAGCACGACCUAUACGUUUUAUCUCACAAUUGUAUUGGUUGCCUGGUUGGCCAAUCAAAAUCUAAGCAGUACGACUGGCUAGUUGUUCGCGCAGAGGAUGUGGACAAAAAAGGAUCUGAUGGGAAACGAGUCGUAUCUUUCAGGUUUUUGCGUAAACGUAUGGAAAUUCCUUUAUUGCUAUUGGUCUACCAAUCAGAAAAGAGAUCUGCGAAUACAUCAGACUUACGUAAAUUGUUACAGAGUGUUUUUCGUUCGUAAUUGUUUGACGUGCCUGUUCAGUGCGUUCGGAAAUUGAACAAGUCAUCUUUCAGAAACGUUAAAGGUGCACUUUUGUUUCCGUGCUCAAAAUCUUGGGAAUAAGAGUGUUGUCACUUGUCAUUCUCAUGGUACAUCGUUUGUUUACUUUAUUUGGUUACCAAAAAAAUAUUUAUCCUCGUAAUCUGGUAGGAGAAACAAAUGACUAUCUGAUUAUCUCAAGGCCUACCUAGGAAAUUCUGCCUUUUUGAAAUAGCUAAUGUUUGGCAAUACCAAUGGAUGAUGUAUUAACAGUUUUGGAGUCGGAAUUAAAAAUCCUAUUCAUCUGAGCAAAAAUGGCGUCUACAGGGUGUAAUUUAAUUGAUGGCUAAAAAUACAUGAUAUGAUUCUUUAGCUCAUUUUAGGGAUAAAAGUUCAUAUGAACAUAUGUCCUGAACCUUUUAACUUUUGAGGUACAGGGUGUUACAAUUUUAAGAAGAAAUUCGUUUUCUUAUCAUAACUUUAAUACCUUUAUAGACAUUUUUAUGAAAUUUGACAUGGACCUACUAAGCACCAAUAGACAUUUUUUAAUAUUACUACCAGUGGCGUUCCUAUACAGGAGAUUUUUAAAAAAAUAUGGUACGCUAUUACUUUUUCCGAAAAUAAAAAUCGUCAUUUAUUUUGCAAAAUUCAAUCGGUAAACUAAUAGAACGCUUUCUCAAUGGAUACGAGGAAAUCAUUGUAUAAUUCAUUUUACAUCGGACCUCCCUCGUAUACUGAUUCGUGUAAUUACUAGUCAAAGCUUUGACCUAUUUGACCUGAGCGCACGUGCCCGAACUCUUCUAAAACACUCUCAAAGUGCCUAGAUAAAAAUAUAAUAUAGUAGUUACAAUCAUACGAACUUAUUCAGGUCAAAGUCAGUGUGAUUCUAUUUAUAGAUGCACGGAAAGCCGUUUAAAAGAGGAGAAAAUGUCACAAGGAUUCUAUUUGAUGUUCAAUGCUCUUAUGUAUGAAUUAUCAGUAGAUACUAGAUAAGACCCUAUCGUCAGUAUAAACAAAAUUAAAAACCGCUACCGGCAUGACAGACCUAUAUUUAGAGUAUUACCAAUUUUAGGUUACAAACAGAAUUUUCAAAUAAUCUUGCGAGUACCCUUUAUUAUCCGUAAUACGACCCUGCCGCAAAAGUUCGUUCUUUCUUAUAAACUAAUAUACAGGGGUUCAUAAAAAUGUAAAAUAGAUAUUUCCCGCGAUAACAAGUUAUGUGCUAUAAUUCAAAUUCAAAAUUUCGUUUAUUACCCUUAAAACAUAACGGAAAAUAAAAUUACCAAAUAAAAAACCCAUAGAAAGCAUAACCUUGUGCAUGGAAAUGCACAUACAUAAAUCUACUCUAAUUAGUGAUUUGAGCCAAAAUUACAAAAAUUCAUAACACUUAACAGUCAAUUUCAUCCGUUCAGGCAUUUUGACGUCAUUGAGUGACAAACAUCCACACCUUUUGAUUAAUAAUAUCAGCUUAUGCUGAUCACGUCAAUAAGUAUUUAUAUUUUGGGACAUUCUGUACAUAUAAGAUAUUCAAAGUGCGUACGACUGUUUUGAAAGUGUACAUGCAAGUUUUUAAUUAUGCAAGUUGUGUCUUGUUUAGAUUUAUUAUCAGCCAUAAAUUAUUCAUAACUGAUUAUAAUUGUUUGCGCCAUAAUGAACCAAUUAAUCAUUGUAACGUUUGUGGCACGAUUUAUGGUGUGACUGACACGUCGCUGGUAAUUUUUUGCCGUCAACCCAGAUUUCGGCUUUGCUGAGCCGAGGAACAUCAAAACUUCUACGCGUCUUUGGAAGUGCGCGCCGCAGGCCGGCGUGCUGUCAACACAUUGUCUGGCACCGCUGCGAUGACGGGAAUCCCGGAAGGCGGCGGCACGGGGCCCGGGGAUGGCCCCAGCGAUCAGCUGGUCAUCGUCCAUUUCAACGACGUCUACAACGUGGAGCCGAGACCGUCCGAGGAGCCUGUGGGAGGAGCGGCGCGUUUCUGUCAUGCUGUCAAACAGUUGGCGCACCUGCACCCGUUGGUGCUGUUCAGCGGCGACGCCUUUUCGCCCAGUAUGCUGAGUACUUUUACCAAAGGAGAACAAAUGAUACCAGUAUUAAAUGAAGCAGGAACGCAUUGUGCUGUUUUUGGAAAUCACGAAUUUGACCACGGCCUGGAAGUCCUUUCGCAAUGGGUGCCGCGUUGCGAGUUCCCGUGGCUGAUGUCGAACGUGCUGGACAACGAGACGGGUCGGCCGUUGGGCGGGGGGCGGAUCACGCACGUCGUCGAAUGGGCGGGGCGACGCAUCGGAUUGGUCGGUUUGGUCGAGAAGGAGUGGCUCGAUACGCUGGGCACCGUCAAUCCGAACGAGACCACGUUCUUGGAUUUCGUGGAGGCGGGACAGAAACUGGCCGCGCAACUGAAGCAGGAGGGUUGUGACUACGUGAUAGCUUUAACGCACAUGCGAUUGCCCAACGACACGAAACUGGCUGAAAACUGCGAUGAAAUAGACCUGAUUUUGGGAGGGCAUGACCACAUUUACGACGUGAGGCAGGUGAACGGCAAAUACAUCAUCAAAAGUGGCACGGACUUCAGGCAGUUCAGCAAAGUCACAGUGGAUUUUGGAAAGUGCAGUAACGGGACGCCUGAGGUGACCGUUGAAGAGAUGAAUGUUACCUCGCAAAUCCCCGAGGAUGUUCAGUUGAAGGAGAUUUUGGACAAGUAUACAACUGUGAUCGAAUCAAAAAUGGACGAUGUACUAGGAUGCUUUGCCGUACCUUUAGACGGCAGAUUUACAUCGAUAAGAACGUCAGAAUCAAACUUAGGCAAUUGGGUAUGUGACGUAGUACUGGCGGCCACAGGCGCUGAUCUUGUGAUCUUAAAUUCGGGAACUUUGAGAUCGGAUCAAGUUCAUCCUGCUGGCGAGUUUACCAUGAGAGAUUUGACGAAUGUUGUUCCGCUGAGGGACCCAUUGGUAGUUCUCAAUGUUACAGGUCAGACGAUUGUGGACGCCCUGGAGAACGGCGUAUCGAAAUAUCCGCAUCUUGAAGGCAGAUUUCCGCAAGUGGCCGGAGUUAGUUUCGCGUUCGAUCCCCACAAACCUUCUGGACAACGAGUGGAUCAGAAUUUCGUCAGGAUAGGCGACGAGUACUUGAAACUGGACAGUUCGUAUCACUUGGCGACUAAAGUUUUCCUCCACGAAGGUCGCGACGGAUACGCUAUGUUGAAAGAUGCAGAAGUGGUGGUGCCUGAAGGAGAAUGUCCAGAGCUCGGAUUAGCUAUACAGAAUCAUUUCCAAGCAAUAAAUAUGCGAUUAGGAAAGACGAAGAAACAUUCGAAACAUAGACAGUCAUUAGUAACUUUGUCAAGGAAGCACAGUUUGGUGAAGAUGCUAGACGGCAGUACGGGCGACCUGGACGGACCUCCUCCGUUACGGAGGGCGAGCACGAUCGAUUCGACCUCGGGCAGCCCGCCACCGACCUCGGUAGGUCAUCAUGCGAAGUUGACCAGGCGCGCCUCCUUGGACGAUCUCGAACAGGAGACCUGCCAACUCACGCCCAGGAUAGAAGGGAGGAUUGUUAUUAUCAACAGCGAAGAGAAACGACAGGAGUUGAUCUUACAACGCCAGAGAAUCGAGCAGGACUCUAUAAUCGAAGAAGUGGACGACGAAUCUUCGCCGCAAAACUAAAUAAAAAAACUCCUUGACAAGGAUUGAUAACUCCUUUUGAUAAGGAUAUCGAAACCUAGCCUUUUUUUCAGCAGAACACCAAGCAUUCCACAACGAAACGUUGUAACGACAAAAGACCAUAGCAGGGACACAGUUCAUAUUGCUUAUUAACAGUAUCACAUUUGCUAGAUUAUUAGGGCUUAUUCCUAUCCUCCGUCUCGAAACCUCUUUGCAACGAAGCUAUACUGAUCUUUAUCAUGAACUUGUUUAAUAUUUUGGUCAGUUACAGGUUGUUUUUCACAAGGUGUCUUUCUGCACUUAAAUCUUAGCACGAAUUUCGAAUUUUUUUUGCGGAUAUUUUUUUGUUCUGGGGGUCCCAUUUCCAUUAGAUCCAGAAUCAGAACGCACAAGAAACUCCAAAACAGUUUUUAUAUACACUACUCAACAAAAUUAAAGGAGCAUGAAAAAAGAUCCAGAUUUUUCGAUGAUUUUUGAGAGGUUUUAUUUCGGAGAAAAAUGGUUGUAUCUAAACUUUAAAAAAAGCAUUUUGAAGCUUUAACAAUCUAGUUUUCAGGUUUUUUAACCGAAAAAUUUUAGGAGCAACAGGUACCUCAAGAAACAUUUUUUGCAAAAUUUUUGCUUUGAAAUUUUU